AGAUGAAGGGCAUACUAGCGUUACUCGCUCUGGUGGUGGCAGCCUCCAGCUUGGAGAAUUUCAGUGGACAACAAGUCCUCCGAAUUUUCCCUACUGAUGAGGCUCAGGUGAACCUGGUGAGGGCGCUGGAAGAUGAGGAGUAUUUACAGCUCGAUUUUUGGACAAGCCCCUCAAGAGUUCUUUUACCCAUUGAUAUCAGAGUUCCACUCCACCAUCUGCAAUCAGUGAAAGUCUACCUGGAGUCCAACAGUAUCCAGUACAGCAUCAUGAUUCACGAUGUACAGAACUUGCUGGAUGAAGAGCAACGCGAUAUGAGACGUAAUCGUGCCUCUGAGGAUGGAAGGUCUACUAACAGCUUCAAUUAUGCUGCCUAUCAUACAUUUGAUGAGAUCAACGCCUUUAUCGACAACUUGGUUAGUGAAAAUCCAAAUUUGGUUAGCAAAAUACAGAUCGGUUCAAGUUAUGAAGGCCGUCCUCUUAAUGUUCUGAAGUUCAGCACAGGUCCCAACCGCCCAGCUUUCUGGAUUGACACUGGUAUCCAUUCCCGUGAAUGGGUCACUCAGGCCAGUGCUGUCUGGUUUGCCAAAAAGAUUGUCACAGAUUUUGGUAAAGAUCCAUCCUUGACAAAUACACUGAACCAAAUGGAUAUCCUCAUCGAAAUUGUGACCAACCCUGAUGGCUUUGUUUACACUCAUAAAUCGGAUCGUAUGUGGCGUAAAACCAGAUCUCCAAAUUCUGGCUCACUCUGUGUUGGAACUGACCCCAACAGAAACUGGGAUGCAGGUUUUGGAGGUCCUGGCUCUAGCUCAAAUCCCUGCACUGAAACCUACAGAGGACGUGCUGCUCAUUCUGAACCUGAAGUCAAAGCCAUUGUGGACUUUGUGAAAAGCCAUGGCAACAUCAAAGGCUUUGUCUCCAUUCACAGCUACUCCCAGAUGCUUCUCUUCCCAUACGGAUACACUAAUACCCGAGUACCCGACCACGAUGAGCUGAAUGCUGUGUCAAAGAAAGCUAUUACUGCCUUGGCUUCACUGUACGGUACAGCUUACACCUAUGGCAGCAUCAUCAGUACCAUCUACCAAGCAAGCGGGGGAACCAUUGACUGGACCUACAAUCAAGGAAUUAAGCAUUCCUACAGCUUUGAGCUGCGUGAUACUGGGCGCUAUGGAUUUGCACUACCAGCUAACCAAAUCAUUCCAACUGCAGAGGAGACAUGGCUUGCACUCACUAUACUUAUUGAGCAUACCCGUGAUAACCUUUAUUAAACAACAUUUACACCUUUUGGAGUAAAUAAAGUGUUUUUGUUCACAUUAA